AUGCAAUCCUCAACUACGACCCUCCUCGCUCUCCUCCCGUACUUCCUCCAAGCAAACGCUGGGGCAUCAGGCACAGGAACAACUACCCGAUAUUGGGACUGCUGCAAGCCUAGCUGCGCCUGGCCUGGAAAAUUUAACCUUGCUACAGGAUCUAAUCCAGUACAAAUGUGCGAUAUUAGGGAUCAACCUAUUCUAGACUCAAAUGCUGCCUCUGGAUGCGCUAGUGGACCAGCCUAUCAAUGCUCUAACGAGUCACCAUGGGCUAUUGAUAAUAACCUUGCCUACGGCUAUGCAGCAGUAAAUAUUGCUGGAGGAUCAGAAGCAAGCUGGUGCUGUGCUUGCUAUGAGUUAACUUUUACUAGUGGGGCAAUUACUGGAAAGAAGAUGAUUAUGCAGGCUACUAAUACGGGUGGAGAUUUGGCUGGGAACCAAUUCGAUAUUAGUAUCCCAGGUGGUGGCGUAGGCAUCUUUAAUGGCUGCACAAAUAUGUUUGGAGCCCCAAGCACGGGCUGGGGUGCCCAAUAUGGUGGUAUCGAAUCGAGAUCCUCGUGUGAUAGCUUCCCGGCAGCUCUGAAGGAUGGCUGCUAUUGGCGAUACGACUGGUUCAAGGGAGCCGAUAACCCAAACGUAUUAUUCAAACAAGUAGUUUGCCCAGCUGCUCUAACGGCCAAAACUGGUUGUGUGAGAGCUGAUGAUUCGGACGCACCAGCAGCCAAUGCCCCUGCCCCUGCGGCUUCAUCUCCUGGAGCCGAGAACGACACGCUCAGAUGUGUAAAGAUUUCAAGUAUUUAA